UUCUGAGUUCCUCGAGUCUCCAAACUUUUCAUUAAAAAUUUCUUCGUCAUAUCCGAUGAAUAAUAGUAUUUCAUUUUCAUUCUAGCCUCUUUGAGGUUGAAUCAAUAUUCGAGGUCUCUUCAUGAGAUUCCUAACGCGGAAAAUUAAAUUUAUCCAUAAAUGGUUUGUCUCCUAUUUUUGCAACUACCACUACAACUGCCUAGUAAAUCUUCUUCAUAUCUGCAAAAAUUGUGAGCUCAAAACCCUAAAACCCUGGCUAAUAUCUCGGAUGGAACUCUCACGACUGUCUAUGUUUCUGCUGCUGUUGUUGUUGCCUGUUGUUCAAGCUUCAGACAGUCUUUUGUCUCCAAAAGGUGUUAAUUAUGAAGUUGCAGCAUUGAUGUCAAUGAAGAGUAAGUUGAGAGACAGUGAGGAUGGUUUGCAUGUUCUUGAUGGAUGGGAUAUUAAUUCUGUGGAUCCUUGUACUUGGAACAUGGUUGGAUGCUCUUCUGAGGGUUUUGUAAUUUCUCUUGAAAUGGCUAGUAAGGGUUUAUCUGGUACUCUGUCUCCUAGCGUUGGCAAUUUGAGUCGCCUUCAGACAAUGUUAUUACAGAAUAAUUUACUAUCUGGUCCUAUACCGCCAGAGAUUGGGAAGCUCUCAAAGCUGCAGACACUCGACCUCUCUGGUAACCAGUUAGUUGGUGAAAUUCCGAGCUCUUUGGGCAGUCUGACACAUCUAAGUUACUUGCGGCUCAGUUGGAACAAGCUGUCUGGUCUGAUACCUCAAUCUGUUGCAAAUCUCGCAGGUCUUUCUUUCCUGGAUCUCUCGUUUAAUAAUCUGAGUGGUCCUGCUCCAGUUAUACUAGCGAAAGGUUACAGUGUUGCAGGAAAUAGCUUACUAUGUGCAUCAUCACUCCCACAAACUUGCAUGAAUAUUCUAAAGCCAGUCAGAGAAAAUAAUUUGUCACAGAAAGCCAGUGGUCAACAUCGAUGGCUUGUUCCAGUAAUUAUAGGCAUUGGUUGCUUAUUUGUGGUAUCUCUGGUCAUGAUCAUUAGUUGGAUCUAUUGGAUCAGAUGGCGUGUCCCAUUUGCAUCUUAUGUGCAGCAAGAUUAUGAGUUUGGUAUGGGCCAUCUUAAGAGGUUCUCAUUUCGUGAACUCCGAAGAGCCACUAAUAAUUUUAGCCCCAAGAAUAUUUUGGGGCGUGGUGGUUUUGGUGUGGUGUACAAAGGAUGCCUACGGAAUAAGACUCUUGUGGCAGUCAAAAGAUUGAAGGAUCCCAAUUUUACUGGGGAGGUGCAGUUUCAAACGGAAGUUGAGAUGAUUGGCUUGGCUUUGCAUCGGAACCUCUUGCGUCUCUAUGGUUUCUGUAUGACAUCUAACGAACGAUUGCUUGUUUAUCCGUAUAUGCCAAAUGGAAGUGUUGCAGAUCGCUUGAGAGAUCCUUGCCAUGAUAAGCCAUCCUUGGAUUGGAGCAGACGAAUGCAUAUUGCCCUUGGAGCUGCCCGAGGACUGUUUUACUUACACGAACAGUGCAAUCCUAAAAUCAUCCACAGGGAUGUCAAAGCUGCAAAUAUUUUACUAGAUGAAAGUUUUGAGGCUGUAGUUGGGGAUUUUGGUCUGGCGAAGCUCUUAGAUGAGAGGGAUUCGCAUGUCACCACUGCAGUACGGGGCACUGUAGGACAUAUUGCCCCUGAGUAUCUUUCUACGGGGCAGUCAUCUGAGAAGACUGAUGUUUUUGGAUUUGGCAUCCUACUGUUAGAGCUCAUAACAGGGCAGAAGGCUUUAGAUGCUGGAAAUGGUCAGGUUCAGAAAGGGAUGAUUCUCGAUUGGGUUAGGACGUUACACGAGGAAAAAAGGUUGGAAGUGUUGGUGGAUAAAGAUCUAAAUGGUAGUUUUGAUUCAGUUAUGCUGGAAACAAUUGUGGAUGUCUCCUUGCACUGCACUCUGCCACAUCCUAACCAGCGGCCAAAGAUGUCAGAUGUUCUCAAGGUUUUGGAAGGAGUAACAGGACCUGAAAUUCCAGACGAUGAUUCCAGUGGAACCCUUUACGAGGGAAGGGACUGUAGUUUCUCUAGAAAUUACAGUGUGCUGGGAGAAUCAUCGUUUAUCAUUGAAGCCAUUGAGCUGUCAGGACCUAGGUGAUAAAGAAAAGUAAAGAAAAACCAUUUACUGCCUGCAUCUUUCAUAUUUAUUUAUUAAUUUUUACAGUAACUUACUUGUGUAAGUUAUUUUCAUCUUGUAAAUUCAUUUUGGUGUUUUUUUACUAUGUUUACAAGUAAAUAUUGCUGUGACUGUGAUAAUC